AUGGCAGAGGUGGAGCAGAAGAAUAAGUGGACCUACCGCGGCAUGGACCUGGACCAGCUGCUGGACCUGUCCUACGAACAGCUGAUGCAGCUGUACAGUGUGCACCAGUGGCCGGGGCUGAACCCGGACCUAAACCCGGACCUGCGGCGGAAGCAGCACUCGCUGCAGAAGCGCCUUUGCAAGGCCAAGAAGGAGGUGUCGCCCAUGGAGAAGCCAGAAGGGGUGAAGACGCAGACUCACCAGCGGGACAUGAUCAUCCUUCCCGAGAUGGUGGGCAGUGCAGUGGGCGUCUACAACGGCAAGACCUUCAACCAUGUGGAGAUCAAGCCAGAGGUGAUCGGUCACUACCUGGGCAAGUUCAUCACCUACAAGCCUGUGAACCAUGGUUGGCCUGGCAUCGGGGCCACCCACUCCUCCUGCUUCAUCCCUCUCAAGUAG